CAUCAAUAUUAUUGAAGAAUUAAAUAUUUUAGUUCAUUCAAAUUUUUGUCUUGUAUUUCGAGACCAAUACAGUGGUAUAAAUUCAUGAUGGAAGUAACUGGAACAAAUGAAUUGUCUGAGAAGUUAAACAGUCUUUCAGACUAUUUCACAGUAUUAUUCUUCUAUGUGGAAGAUUCAGCUGAAUGCAAUCAAAUGAAUGAUAUUAUUACUGAAUUGCAAAAUGAUGAAAAAAAUAAAAAUGCUGCUGUUAUUAAAAUAAAUGCUUCAAAAAAUGAAGAAAUUUGUAAGAAAUACAAUGUAACAGAUGUUCCAGCGUUUGUUUUUAUUGGUUCAAAAUUAAUGGGCGGCGAUGUAUUGGACAAUUUAGUUGGAGCUAAUGUUCCCCUAUUUUCUAAGAAGUUUGAAGAACAUGUGGAAGAAUUGCAGAAAUUUAAAGAUAGAUUAAAGUAUCUUAUUAAUAAGGCACCAGUUAUGCUUUUUAUGAAAGGAAAUCGUAAUGCUCCAAGAUGUGGUUUUAGUAAACAAGCAAUAGCUCUCUUAGAGGAUCACAAAGUCGACUAUGAAACCUUUGAUAUCUUAGAUGAUUUUGAAGUUAGAGAAGGUUUAAAGAAAUUUUCCAACUGGCCAACAUAUCCACAACUGUAUGUAAAAGGUGAGCUGAUUGGAGGCUUGGAUAUUUUAAAAGAACUUGCAGAAAAUGGUGAACUUGGUGAAGUAUUAUCUUCUAAUUGAGAAGAAUUACGUUUAGGAAAAUAAACUGAUUCAUUCUGAUGCAAAUCCAAAACAGUGGGCUGACAUUCAAAAAUGGAGAAAAUCACUUCAGAUGUAAAAUUGCAUAACAUCAUUUGCAAUUUUUAUUUUGCUCAUGUUCAGUUAUUGUACUUAUAAAUGAAUGCUUUAUUGAAA